GGGAAGGCUGGGUGGGGGCAGAGCAGAAGGGACUGGGAGAGGACAGCAGGGCUCACUCUCUCCCAACACCUGCACCUGGUCACUACGUUCACUCUCACAGCGCCUGGCAGGGACCGAUGGAGCAACAUCUCGUCCACAUCCCGGUGAUGGCUGCUGCGCUCCAGGGGUAAACUUUUGGAUAAAGCCGGCACAAGAGACCCGGGGAUCAGCUGUGCGUGCUUCUCUUUUGUCCUGCGUCGCUACAUGGAGGGAAAUACGCUCGAGUGACUACAGGCUGGUGGGGCUGUUCUCUCUUUCUCCUGGAAACACCUCUCGGAUUGUGUUCGAUGCCUGCGCUGCGCCGCUGAGAGGUUAUUUUUUUUUCCAAAUCCGGCUCCGAGGGCGCACAACGCGGGGAAUGCAGCGGUGACAACGCGCAACUUUUGGAUCGCCGCGGACGCACACAGCCGCUUCGGAGACGCAGAGAAAUCCAAGAUUUAGAUCUCUGUGGGCUACCUGCAUGACUGUUACCAUGACUGCGUCUGGAGCCCAGCUCCUCCUGUUGGCCCUCUGUGUUUACAGAGGCUCAGGCCUGCAGCAGUCGGCUCCUCGGGUUCGCCUCUCCUUCAAAGAACUGAUGGACACACGUGCGGCUCGGCCCUUCAGCUUCUCCUUCAACACCAGCGACUACCGCAUCCUCCUGAUGGAUCAGGAUCAGGGCCGCCUCUACCUGGGCAGCCGGGAGUACCUGGUGGCCCUGGACAUGCAGAACGUCAACAAGGAGCCUCUCAUAAUCCACUGGCCGGCAUCCGCCAAGAGAAAGGGAGAAUGUCAGAUGACGGGAAAGGGGAGACAGGGCGAAUGUGCCAAUUUCGUGAGGUUGAUAGAGCCGUGGAACCGCACCCACCUCUACACCUGUGGGACGGGGGCGUACCAGCCCAUCUGCACAUUCAUCAACCGAGGCUGGAGGGCGGAGGACUACCUGUUCAGGCUGGUCCCUGGGUACGUGGAUUCAGGGAAGGGAAAAUGCUCCUAUGAUCCAACGCAGGAGAACAUUGCAGUUCUCAUCAAUGGAAACCUGUAUGCAGGCGUCCAUAUUGACUUCAUGAGCACGGAUGCUGCUCUGUUUAGGACCAUGGGCGGCAGAACGGCAAUCAGGACCGAGCAGUACGACUCCAGGUGGCUCAAUGAGCCGGUGUUUGUCCAGAUCCAGCAGAUCCCUGACAGCGCACAAAAGAACGACGACAAACUUUACUUCUUUUUCCGAGAGAAGAGUCUAGACUCCAGCGGCGGGGCGAGUCCCAGUGUUCUCGCCAGGGUGGGAAGAGUGUGUCUGAAUGAUGAAGGAGGGCAGAAGUCUCUGGUGAACCGCUGGACGACCUUCCUGAAGGCUCGUCUUAUCUGCUCCGUGAUCGGAGAAGAUGGAGUGGAGACGCGCUUCGAUGAACUACGGGACGUGUUUAUUCAACCGGCGCAGGAUGAACGCAGCCCGAUGGUGUACGCCCUCUUCACCACGGCCGGCUCCGUGUUCAAGGGCUCAGCCGUCUGCGUGUACUCCAUGGCUGAUAUACGCAACGUGUUCAAUGGACCGUUCGCCCACAAACACGGACAUAAUUACCAGUGGACAGAGUACACGGGCAAGAUUCCCUACCCACGACCUGGAACAUGUCCAGGAGGAACCUUCACUCCAGACAUCCGCUCCUCCAAGAACUUCUCGGAUGAGGCUGUGGAUUUCAUCCGCGCUCAUCCCCUCAUGUUCCAUCCGGUCUAUCCUAUCCACCGCCGCCCCCUGGUGGUGAGAACCGGCGUGGACUACCGCUUCACGGCCCUGGUGGUGGAUCAGGUGGAUGGUGUGGACGGACGCUACGAGGUGCUGUUCCUGGGGACAGAUCGAGGAACCGUGCAGAAAGUCAUUGUUCUCCCAAAGGAUCCAAUCAGCAUGGAGGAACUCACGCUGGAGGAAGUGGAGGUUUUUAGGACCCGGGCUCCUGUCAAAACGAUGAAGAUAUCUUCUAAAAGACAACAGCUGUACGUGUCCUCGGACGCGGGGCUGACCCAGGUGUCGCUGCACCGCUGUGGGGUGUACGGCCGGGCCUGCUCCGACUGCUGCCUGGCCCGGGACCCCUACUGCUCCUGGGAUGGAGAGAGCUGCUCCGCCUUCACCCCGUCCACCAAGAGGAGGAGCAGGAGACAGGACGUGAAACAUGGGGACCCCCUGAGGCAGUGCAGAGGCUUCAAUGCAAAAGUGGAGAAACGUCUGAGAGAGACGGUUCAGUUCGGGGUGGAGGGCAGCAGCACUUUCCUGGAGUGUCAGCCUCGCACUCCUCAGGCCACCGUCAAGUGGCUCUUCCAGAGGGAAGGGAGAAGGAAAGUGCUCAGCCGUGUGGGGGGUGUUGUGAAGACCAACCACGGCAUCCUCCUGAAGUCCCUCAACCAAUCAGACGCAGGCCUCUACCACUGCCUGGCCACCGAGAACAACUUCAAACACACCCUGGCCCGGGUGGCGCUGCGCAUCCUGGACCGAGACAUCGUGCUGGCUCUCACCGCGCAGGACGAGGACGAGGAGCCCAAGACCCGGCAGGCGGGACCCCACCCGCAGGCCUCCUUCGUCUCCACCCCGUUCCCGCCCGAGAUCAGACUGAUCAACCAGUACUGCCAGUCCUACUGGGAACAGCUGAGUCCCAAACAGCAGCAGCAGCGCAAGCGCACCAGCCGCAGGCACACGGAGAGCCAAGACCAGGGCCUCGGCUAGAGGACGGGGGCCCAGGAGGUCCAGCACUGUCUGGACUCUACGGUGGACUUUUAUGUUAAGACAUGCAUGUUUGGUCGUCACCUCCAUUCGUUAGGCAGGUGAUGCGUUCAUGCUGUCGGUAAAGAACUGUACCGGUGGUUUUGCCGGUGUCAGCCUCAACACAGGUUGUGUAUAUUCUACAUUGCCGAUGACCACUUUUCAAAGAGCACAGUUUGUUUCGCUCGGGUUUCGGGUUCAUAUUAGUUUGACGUCGAAAUCAAGUUCAAGAAACUAAAUAUAUAUCCUGUUAAUGUUUGCUCAUUAUUUUGUCUCACAGGUUGACCCCAGGAUUCUUUAACGCACCACUAGGGUCAGAUUUCCAAACACACAACUGGAUCCCCAACACAUCUCUAAUCGUUCUGUGACAAAAGCACAAUAUUUGAAGCAAGUUUCGCUGUUUGCUUUAGAAAAUGUUUGACCCUCUGUGAUGUAAAGUAAACGCAACAUGUAGUCGAACGACCACAACACGCAAAACCACAGCUACGGCCCCUUUUAAGUAUCUUGAAACAAAAAAUGUAAUAUAUUGAUUGUGAAUAUAAUAUAUAAGGUCAUUGGAUUACUCUUGUAUUGUAUGAAGAUAAUAUGUUGCAUGCUUAUACGUGUUGUUGCUUUGUUGUACAUUGGACUGUUUUCCGACCUUUGACGUGUUGCGAUGUUUGUACCGUGUAACGUGUUCUGUUGAGCUAAUUCCAUUGGAUGUUUGUCAUGUGAUGACUGCCUAACUGUCCCGUGCUCUAGUGACCUGCAGUAUGUGAGUGUUUAAGAUUUAGCAUACAGUGUUCUUCCAGUUAUGCACUUUGUCGGUGGCGGUUUUUUAGAGGGAAAUCUGGGAUCUUUUGCACAGAUGUAUGAGAAAAAUGAUACAGGAACAUAGUUUUCAUGUACAGUAUGUUAUUACAAACAGAACAAGAGAAUGGGAAUGUAACAGGCUCAGAUUUAGUAAUCGAUUGAUGGUGUUCUGUCAUAAGCUGUAUUGAAUUAUUUAAAAAAAAUUGAUAGCACAAGGAACGAGAAAAAAAAAAAUUUCAGCCAGAGCCACCAUCCACCAUCUUUGUGAGUAACACAGUGCUGUGUGCUGUGAUCAAUCCUACACUGGAAAUGUUUGAACAAAUAUAUAAACAUUUCUCUCUUGAA